UUGCUUUACAACUUUUAUUCAUUCAUUCAUUUAUUCAUUUUCCAUGCCGCUUAUUCCUCACGAGGGUCGCGGAUCAUAGUCAAUCAAUCAAUCAAUCAAGUCAAUUUCAUGCAAUAACACUUUUCGGCCACCAGGGGGGUCCUGGGCCCCCCCCCUUAAAAUCCGCUUAUGGUUGAGAUGCAUAAUGCUGUUUAAGGACAAUGUCAGAGGUCCUUACAUUUCAAAUGAGUUAAUUCUGAGCUCCUAAUUGGGAGGUUAAAUUCAAUUCCAUUCACCAGACACUCUUGUCUGCGGACUGUAAAGAUCACGGAGGAAAGCGAUGGAGAAUCGUGUGUCUUCUUUCAACCAUCUCCAGUCUUAAACCUUCUUUUAAUGGAUAUGGUCCAUGAGUGUACAUCUAAUUGGUAUGCUGAUGGGGUUGCGGGGUCCAUCUAGGCAGUUUAAGCAGAAAUAAGUGAAGUCAUGCUUUUUGUAAGCGCUCUCUUACACUUACUUUCCAUGAUAUUAGCAUUGAUUGUCCUCUGUUUCAAGGUGCAUUAAUUGCACAGCGGAGAAGGAGGAGGGACUGCGAUGUGAUGCACUUUCAGCUGGUUGGACUGACUCUACCUUGUAUUUUUUUCGACUGCUUGUAUUACUCUAACACAACUAAUAUAAAAUUAAUAGCACUUAUACCAUAGUUUAAGGAAAACAAUCAGAAAAUAGGGUAAAAGAGAUACAUGACGCCUUCUUAUCACGGGAGCCCAAUGUAUGCGUCAUGAGCAAGACUGACGCUGACAAGCCCAUUUCUGCACCACCAACUCUCGCAAUCAGUUCUUCCGUACAGUCCGGAACAAAUGGCGGGGCGUCCUGUCCCAACACAAGGAACACCGGAAAACACUCAAUAUCCAACUCAUAACACGACUGAUAAGAUUCCAAGAGGCCCUUUGACACUGAGGUGGCAAAAUCCACAACCCUCGUUGCCCUGACAACAGUAACUCCCGAAUCCUCCUGUCCAAUCCACAAACAGACAGUAAUCCUAAACAACGCCCAAGCACACGUUUCUUCUGCCCACAUCACGUCCUGCGAGAGCCUUGAAAAAGACUGAAUGUUUAACUAAUCGUGGCCAUUUUUCUCGGGAACCUUUUGUCGACCUGUGAUAUGAUGACCUUGGAACGAGUCUGCCUCCUCGUCUGAGUCUGUUUCUGUUUCGCCUUGCCGUUGGAUCGCUCUCAACCUGAAUAAAUUGUCAACUUGUGCUUCAAAAGCUUUUCCAGCUUUCAAAAUGGAGUCAUUACAAGGGGUUAGCACUAAGGUGAAUGUGCGGAGUUUGGCCUUUUGGCCGGGUUGUCGGGUUCUCACAGGCCCGGGUCGUUGGAGCUGCACCAGCGCAGAUCCAGCGUUUUGGCUGGCAUAGUUCCGACAAUCUGGCUACUGGCAAACUGUCCAAUCCACAAACAGACAAUAAUCCUAAACAACGCCCAAGCACACCUUUCCUCUGCCCACAGCCCAACCCGCGAGAGCCUUGAAAAAGACUGAAUGUUUAACUAAUCGUGGCCAUUUUUCUCGGGAACCUUUUGUCGACCUGUGAUAUGAUGACCUUGGAACGAGUCUGCCUCCUCGUCUGAGUCUGUUUCUGUUUCGCCUUGCCAGGCUUAUUAUAUUUCAAUGCAGUCGUGUUCAGGCUGGGAUACCUCUCAUACUUGCCUGAUAUGAAAAAGACUGAACCUUGGAUCAGGAAGUAAUAAGUCAUUUACUGAAUUUGGCGUGUUGCCAAAAAAGGCCAACUUUGCCACCCUGCCCAAGUCAGGCCCAUGAAUGAAAACUCACCAUUUUGAUAACUUUAGAUUUCAUAUGUCUCAUGAACAGUCUGCCAAAUUUUGAGAAGGAUCCAACUAACUCCCUAGGUGCCGAUGUCUCAGAUAUGCUACCUGUAACUCGAUAUAAAUUUCACAUUCAAUCCAAAAUAACCAAUUCCCUGUUAGGUUUGGAAUAUGGGUGCAAGAGACUUUUUGGAGCAGUUUUGCACAACGUAUCGACUCCCCAGAUUUUAUCACUCUACGUUGAAAAAACCUAAUAGGAGAGACCUUUUUGAAAAAUUCAAGGAGGCACUACUGAGUCAUUUUUUUUUUUUUUUUUUUUGAAGGUCGCAAAAUUAUCAAAAUUUAAGCCAAACCGCAUGUAUGUACACAUUUGAGUUUUCAAGCAUGUUAAGCCCUUCAGAUUGGUCAUUUUCAUUUGCCGUGAAAAAAUAAUUAUAAGGAACAUUUGGAUUCCAAUAGGGCUCGCGCACCACUCAGUGCUCGGACUCUAAAUAUAUAUGUAUAUACAUCUUGAAGGGAAUAGUAUCUUUUCUCGUAUUGACCGAUCGACUGUUUGUAUUACUCUAACACACCCAAUAUAAAAUAAAUAGCACUUAUAUCAUAGUUUACGGAAAACAAGCAGAAUAUAGGGCAUAAGAGCUACAUGACGCCUUCUAAUCACGGAAGCCCAAGGUGUGCGUCAUGCAACUGACUGAGCAUUGUUGACACUGACAAGCCCACGUCUGCACCACCAACUCUCGCAAUCAGUUCUUCCGGAAAGUCCAGAACAAAUAGUGGGACGUCCUGUCUCAGCACAAGAAACACCGGAGAACGCUCGAUAUCCAACUGAUAGCAUGACUGAUAAGACUCCAAGAGCCCCUUUGACACGGAGGUGGCAAAAUCAACAACCCUUGUUGCCCCGACAACAGUAACUCCUGAAUCCUCCUGUCCAAUCCACAAACAGACAAUAAUCCUAAACGAUGCCCAAGCACACCCUUCUUCUGCCCGCAGCCUGCCUUGCGAGAGCCUUCAAAAAGACUGAAUAUUUAACUAAUCGUGGCCAUUUUUCUCAGGAACCUUUUGUUGACUUGUGAUAUGGUGACCUUGGAACGAGUCAGCCUCCUCGCCCGAGUCUGUUUCUCUUUCGCCUUGCUGUUUGAUCGCUCUCGACCUGAACAAAUUGUCAACUUGUGCUUCGAAGGCUUUUUCCAGCUUUCAAAAUGGAGUCAGUACAAGGGGUCAAGACUAAGGUGUCGGGUCGUUGGAGCUGCACCAGCGCAGAUCCGGCGUUUUGGCUGGCGUAAUUCCGGCAAUCUGGCUAAAAGGUCAGAUUCCUUUAGCAUGUGUCGAUAAAGGUUUCUCGUGUAUAAUCUCAUUUCAAAUUUGGCCAAUUUGAUACUUAUUUUUAAUUGUGAUUACAAAUUUAAUAUAACUAGGGGCAGCAAUUCGAAUUGCAUUCUUAUGAUGAUUUGUAGUAAAAUUGGCAUGCUGGUUCCACAAUUUCUAGCAUUGCAAGUCUUCCUCCUCCACAAACUGGUCAAAACAUAAUAGUUAGAGAAAUAUUUAAAGCAACACUUGGUAACUUGUAGCCUUGAGAUUGCCCAUGCUUCCUCACAAUUUUGCUUCUCAAGUCCUCAGAUAUUUCUAUGGUCUUCUUUCUUUUCUUCAUGCUCAAUGUGGUACACACAAGGACACAGGACAGAUAUUGAGUCAACUUUAAUCCAUUUUAACUGGCUGCAAGUGCGAUUUAGUGUUUGCUACCACUUGUUAUGUGCUACAAGUACUGUUGGUGCUGUUAAUUACACAAAUUAGAGAAGCAUAACAUGCAUUUUCAAAGAGUGUCUGGCCCAUUUUUGGAGUUUUGUGUAAAAUGAUCUUUUUUUUUUCCCCAUUCUGUUUUUUCAUUGCAAGCAAAAUAAAUGGAGAUAUUACUACCAACGCAUUUGUAAUUGCAAUCAUUUUCUGGGAGAAAUUGAGCAUUGUCUGACAGAAUUGCAGUGGUGCCAAUACUUUUGGCCAGCACUGUAUGUCGUAACGUCUAGAAUCGUUUCCAUAGCAGCAGUGUUUGAUCGGUAUGUUCUUUUUGUAAACAUUACUGGCAGAAAAAAGGAGCAAUAACACGAGUUGUAUGCGAGGGCGCGUCUAUGUUAACCCACUUCCGUGUUAAGAUGGCGACCUCCCGGUCUAAUAAUAGCAUUCGUGCGGUACGCUACUGGCUAACUUGCAAAUGUUCUUAAAUGCUAUAAAAUGCUAAUUUUUACCACAUUGUUUCUGGUGCACACGAGAAACAAACAGGUGUGGACCAAAUUGUUUUUGGUGCGCACUUGAAACAAUAUGGUGCACACCAGAUGGUUUAAAUUUUAUUUCUGUCGAUGUCCUUUUAGGGGCUGCGUACAUUUGCCUUAUAAGGGUUAAAUGUUUUAAUUGGAAAUAAAUGAACUAAAUUUUGCAUAGCUGUCCACUGUAUUGACCACUUUUCCUGAAAUGGUUAAAGCGUUUGUUUGUCACAUAACUCACAUUGCUUACUGUAACGACCAGGGAGGUUGUAGAAGGAUGGACUUCAACUCCCAAAAUGCAACGCCGGCCGAAUAGCGCUUCUCCGGCCAUAUGCGGUGUGACUGCCACCGCUCGGCUGAGUGGCGAAAGUGCAGCGCUCGCCAUCAAGCAAGAAAGCGCCAGGCGGGCAGCGGCUCCAGAGGUGGAAACUGGAAAGAUGGACUAGCCCGUUAUGUGUCUUAGCUGUCCUCCUUCAAGAUGUUCCCCGGAGUUUUCUAUGCACUGCUGGCGGGUUUCCUCGCGGCCGUGGCGUCGUCGUCGGCCAAGCUGUCCCUGGGAGCGGACUACCUGAAGGGAGUGUGCGAGACGGGGCUACGGACGUGGGGCGAACAGCGGCGAUUUCGUCAAGUAGACGAAACGACCGCCUGUGACCGGCUCCACAUCCCUCUGAGGCUACUGUGCGGCGGGCUGCUUUUCACCUGCAAUGCUGUGAUGUGGACCUUUCUUGCCAAAGCACUCAGGUACUCCUCCUCAUCCACCCGGACCACUGUGACCACCACUGCCUCCAACUUCGUAUCUUCCGCUUUCCUGGGCCAGCUGAUCUUUGGUGAGGCCCAAAUAACACUGUGGUGGGUUGGGAUCUCCUUGACGUUCUCCGGCCUGCUCGUGCUGCAGAGAGUUUCGCCGCAGGAACGAGAACCCGACCCGGUUGCCAAAAGGGAAGAAUGAUACGUCUCGGCUCAGCCUGACUACGUACUUCUAAUUCCGGUGGAACAUGUGCGAUUCUGAUUUUGCAUCACGCCAAAGAUAACGUCUCAUGUUAUGUGUUUAUUCAUAAAUUGUAUUAAGUCGAAGGCAACGGGAAGAGCAAAAAUAGGAUAUUGGCCCUAUCCCUAUUGCUAGUUGUUUUUUUUUAAUUAGCUUAGGUAAUUCGGUUCAGGGUCAGACAAUAUUAAACACGAAUAUGGACAAACUAGAAUUUGAACAAACGGAAAGUUCAUACAAGUGUAAAUAUAUAUACUGUGUACAUACAAAUUCACAUGCUUUUAUUUUGACAUUGGUGCCGUAAGACUUUAGAUUUGUGUUAGUGAGUGCACGUACUACUGCACUUCCAUUCAAAAUGGAUUGGUAUGUCUAGCGUCGUCAAUGGAAGCCACUGACUUAACAAGGAAUUGACCCAAAAAUGCCCCAAAACAAACAGAA